AUGUCGUCUUGGUUCUCAGGCUGGUUCGGCUCCUCGAACACCCCAACMCCCGCACCAAAACCCGCCGAAAAGCCCAAGCCAUGCUGCGUCUGCAAAGAAGAAAAAACCGCCCGCGACGACUGCAUGCUCUUCUCCAAAUCCGAUGAUCCCGCGCAGACGGACUGCAAGCCGCUGGUAGAACAGUACAAGGCUUGUAUGGCCGGGUAUGGAUUCAAGAUCUAA